UUGAAAAAUGCAAAACUUAUUAGGUGUAAGGAUUAUGUUGACUGUUAAGGGAAUUCCAUCAUAACAUCAAUGUCUGUACGUAAGAUUACUUAUACACUAAAUGAAGUACAUCAGUACGGUAACUACAGCAUGAAAACCAGACACCUCGGCUACUGCCCCUCUACAUAUGGCUACCACUCAUUGACAAAUACUGUACUAAACAGCGCUAAAAUUAGCGCCUGCGCAUUACCCAGGCCCGAGUCCCCGAUACAAGAUGGCGGAGACGGUGGGGAGGGAGAGGCGGAGGCGGGUCCGGAUUGAAUAGAGCAAAGCCUAUACAGGAUUCCCGACGAACCUCAAUAAGGGCAGGACAGAUGAGGAGAAAUGACAAGUGAAAAUCACGGCACAGUGAAGGGGGAGUCAGCAGUGGUGAUGUCUCCUACCGGGUCCUCAUCCCAAGGGCCACCACUUCUGCCCUCAACCAGCAAACCAACCCAAGAGCUACCUGAUGAACUGAUUCAGGCUGGCUGGACAAAAUGUUGGAGCAAGAGAGAAAACCGGCCAUAUUACUUCAAUCGCUUCACCAACCAGUCGUUGUGGGAGGUGCCUGUUCUUGGGCAGCAUGAUGUUAUUUCUGACCCUCUGGGUUUGAAUGCGGCGCCGGCUGGUGGGGAGGCUCCGGGCGCUACUGCAGGGGCUGGCGAUGCAAACAUGGGUAAUGGCCAGCGCAAGAGACGCCCCUCAGAGGAGGCUGCUUUUGGGGGUCCCAACAGCUUCAAGAGGCCUAAGGUGGAUAUACCUGUAACUCCAACCACGCCCACAAUUCCCAUAUCACCUAGCACGCCAGGUGGCAAACCAUGGAAUUCCUCUUCAGAGGACAAACAGGCACAGCCCACCACACCUACUCCCACCCCCACCCCGGCGUCUGCACCUGCGUCUGCCCCUGCCCCCACCCCUGCUCCCGCCGUCCCAUACCGUCCUUCUGUAGUGUAUUGGGACCUGGACAUCCAGACCAACGCAGUAAUCCGAGAACGAGCGCCGGCCGACCACCUGCCGCCCCAUCCGGAGAUUGAGAUGCAGCGUGCCCAGCUCACUACAAAGCUCCGGCAGCACUAUCACGAGCUCUGCUCUCAGCGGGAAGGUAUUGAGCCUCCCCGUGAGUCUUUCAACCGGUGGCUUUUAGAACGGAAGGUGGGGGACAAAGGUGUCGAUCCUCUGCUGCCCAGUGAGUGUGAUCCUAUCAUCUCGCCGUCCAUGUUCCGGGAAAUCAUGAAUGACAUCCCCAUCAGGCUAUCGCGCAUUAAAUACAAAGAAGAGGCACGGAAGCUCUUGUUUAAGUAUGCAGAAGCUGCAAAGAAAAUGAUAGACUCAAGGAAUGCUACACCAGACAGCAGGAAAGUGGUGAAAUGGAAUGUGGAAGACACCAUGAACUGGCUGAGGAAAGACAUGUCAGCAAGCAAAGAAGACUACAUGGACCGCCUCGAGCACUUAAGGAAACAGUGUGGGCCCCAUGUGACGGCAGUUGCCAAGGACUCGGUGGAGGGGAUCUGCACCAAGAUCUACCACAUCUCAGCCGAGUAUGUGCGCCGCAUCCGCCAGAUUCACCUCAGCCUCCUCAAAGAUUGCAACAUCACAGUGGACAGUGCAGAGACUCCAGACGUGCAGGACAGGCUGGUCUACUGCUACCCCAUCAGAUUGAACAUCGCCUCGCCUCCGCAGCCCCGUGUAGAGCUGCACUUUGAGAACGAUGUCGCCUGCCUUCGCUUCAAGGGUGAAAUGGUGAAAGUGAGCCGCAGCUACUUCAGCAAACUGGAGCUUCUUUAUCGGUAUAGUUGCAUUGAUGACCCGAGGUUUGAGAAGUUCCUGUCGCGUGUCUGGUGCCUUAUAAAGAGAUACCAGGUAAUGUUUGGCUCUGGUGUGAAUGAGGGCACUGGCCUGCAGGGGGCGCUCCCUGUUCCCGUGUUCGAGGCUCUCCACAAGCAGUUCGGAGUCACUUUCGAGUGUUUUGCAUCGCCGCUCAACUGUUACUUCAAACAGUUCUGCUCCGCUUUCCCUGACACCGAUGGUUUCUUUGGAUCCAGGGGACCUUUUCUGAGCUUCUCUCCAGCGAGUGGAUCAUUUGAGGCAAACCCCCCUUUCUGUGAGGAGUUGAUGGACGCAAUGGUCACACACUUUGAGGAGCUGCUGGAGCGCUCCAGUGAGCCUUUGUCUUUCAUCAUCUUUGUGCCGGAGUGGCGCGACCCGCCGACCCCUGCCCUCACGCGCAUGGAAGCCAGCCGGUUUCGCCGGCACCAGCUGAUCGUUCCGGCCUUCGAGCACGAGUACCGGAGCGGCUCCCAACACCUCUGCAAGAAAGAGGAGAUGUACUACAAGGCCAUCCAUGGAACAGCGGUGCUCUUCCUCCAGAAUGCGGCCGGCUUUGCCAAGUGGGAGCCCUCCGCAGAACGCAUUCAGGAACUCCUGACAGCCUACAAAGUCUUCGGCCGCUCCCUGGCCUCCCCAGGAACCUCGUCGUCCUCCUCCUCUUCCUCCUCAACUGGGGGUGGCGCUGGAGACAAAGACUCCAAGGCAGGGCCUGAGCGUUCUGCAAGCCUAGACACGGCAGGCAGCCAAGACUUAAAUAGUCCAGGAGAGAAGACCACACCAGAUGCAGCAAGUGUUUAAACAAGGAGGUAGUGAGGAAGUGUGUGUGUGUAUGUAUGUAUGUGUGUGUGUGUGUGUGUGUGUGUGUGUGUGUAUGCAUGCAAGGCGCAACUCUGAAGUGCUGCUGAAGGAGUUUGUGAUUGGGAUUGAGUCUCAGUUAAUUAGCACUAUGGGGGAGGUCUAUGAUACAUGUUUACUUUCUUGCCUCUACUAUUUAAUAUUAGUUGGUUUGAGUUGUCAUUACAAUUAUUUUUUUUUAUCAUUGUUGUCUUUUUUUAAUGACGUAGUUGUCGAGGGUGUCGAUUGGCAUUACAGUUGUUAUAGAUUUUGAUCUGUCAUUCAAGUCAUUGUUCUUGCUUGCUGACAGUGCAAGUUUCACUGUCUGAAAUUAGGCAAAGAAACUCCUUCUGUAGAAGGAAGUGUUUCUUUUCUGUGUGUGUGCAAGAGAAGGGAGACGUACAACCCCUCGAUUUUUGGCAGCUAUGUUUUUGUAAAUCCCCACUCCCCAAAGUGUGGAAGAGAAACAUCAUCAGUAAAGCCUUGUACAUACCACAUCCCCAUAGUAUAAUAGAUUCUAACAUUGUGCAUUACUUGGCCUGUCUACGUGCAACCGAGACAUUAUACGUCACUUAGCCUGUCUACAUGCAAGGUUGUCCUCUCUGUCCCUGUCUUCAAUGAAGAACUGGACUUGACCUUGUAUGAAGAGUUUAUUUUCUUUUUGUGGACAAGCCGCUUGAGACGAGAGGUCCUUUUCAGUGCAUCUCUUGGGGGGUUUCAGGAGGGUGCGCCACCGUUGCAUGAGGUCCAGAUUCACAGAGCUCAGUGGCAUCCAUGAACGUGAAAGUGUUGUGUCCCUCCUCCCUGCCCACCUCCACCUGCCUUGUCAUGUCAGCUCAGCUUCCAGUUUUUCUUAUGUUCGUCUGGUGGAGAGGGAGCUUUCUUAGACAGAGAUAAUCUAUUGACAAAUGCUUUUUUUUCCUUACGGAUAUAGACCCCUUUUGUCCAACACCCACCCACCCCCAAGCUCAUUUUGGGACAUUGUAAGCCCCAUUGAAAUACAUCAAAUGCCUGGAUCCACGUGAGAUAACAAUCAUACUGUCUAUAAGGAUGGUAUACACAUGGACAAACUAAAAAUUCAGUUUGUUUUUGUUUUAAUAAGGUUUGAAUAACCCC